AUGGCGGCUCCAGAUCAGUCAACUAUUAUACCUGCUGCCACUGGUGGCUCUCCCCAACGCGACGAUAACGAUGCUACAUCUUCACCUCCUAUUGGCCUAGUCGGCCCUUCUAUCAACCGCACGCCCCCUCCCUUUUCUCGUCAGUGUGACAUGGACGUCGUGUGUGGGGGAACCUGGAUCAGUGACACAGGGUCCCGACACACUGACUCCUUCUCAGACAAUGGCGGGCUGCCUGUGUACGCCAUCGCAGCUUGCAUGAAGCAUGUCUCAAGUCUACGACAAGUGCUAGGGUGGUUGAAAUCGUGGCGGGGCUCGAUGUGGAUGGUCUAA